UCCAAGAGAUGCGCUGUCGUAGAUGUAACAUUAAAGGACACCUGGUGAAGGACUGCAACAGGCCGGACCGUGUACCAGGCUCUUGUUUCAUCUGUGGAUCCAUGGACCAUUGGGCGGCCAAAUGUCCAGAUAGGAAGGGCAGCCGUGAAACUAAUGGACUCAACCGUACGAACCAGAGCAGCAACAAUUUCCGUGCCUCAUAGAUUCGGGGAGUCCAGUUUCCUUUAUCAAG